GGGUGUGCACGCGUUUUGGGGCUUAUUGCGAUUGCGCUCUCGCCGUCUUGAAUUUGUCCCGCGGGUGCAUGUGAAAGGGGGAAGCUCUCCUGUUUGCAAGCACUGCGAAAGUGAGCAGCACGCGAGGCGGUGCGCGCAGCGGAGAGUCCGGAGAAGCAGACGUGGUGAGCGAAACAGAUUUCUGAAGACAAUGAGACGAAAGUGAGAGCUGUAAACAUAAACGGCAACAGCAAACCCUCAGCAUAUAAAACAGUAUUCCCAGGGCUUUUGAGCACACGCGUCCAGAAAGCCAAUCGGAGGAGGAGGUCGCGUGCGGGGGACGCCGUCUGCUCAUUAUCUGACCGGGAGGACUCCGACCAUCCGGCUUCAGACGCCGCCGUGCGUCCGAUGAUGUACCAGCACUAGUGAUCCAGAGAAGAAGACGAGCCGCCCUGGACUGCGAGUCCACCGUGCUAUGAGAUGGGCUGUUUUUACACUGAGCUGGGAAGGGCAUUGCUGUAACUGAUCAUGGCAGGGGUACACGCUUCAGAUGUUGUGUCGGGACAUGUUCCGGAUCCUAUCAUCGGCGCCCCGCUAGCCCAGGGCGCGACCAACACAGCGGGAAUCACCGGCGGUGCGGCCGCGCUGACUCUGACCGGUACCCGGGCGUACUUGGAGGUGUCGGCCGCUGCCCAGGGAUACGGGGCCGAAGGAGUUUACUCCAAUGGACGGUACAGGGAGCACGGCAGUCCGAGGACCGGGAGUGGCAGCCGUGAUCAUUCCGCCGAGAGAAGUCAGGGAGCUGGAAACAUACCUUGCGGUAUCAUGAAGGAUGGUUCCAAACAAAGGCAGGUGAGGAAGAAAACGGUGUCCUUCAGCUCAAUGCCGAAUGACCGCAAGAUCAACAGCACAGCUGCUUGCAUGGCAUUUAUGAUGGAGGGUUGUGAGAUGAAGAAGGUGCGCUCUAACUCACGCAUGUACAACCGCUACUUCCUGCUGGAUCCAGACAUGCACUGGCUUCGUUGGGAGCCAUCAAAAAAGGAUUCGGAAAAGGCCAAACUAGAGAUCAAGGGUAUAAAGGAGGUUCGUUUGGGAAAGAAAACACCAGUUUUGCGCAGCAAUGGUCUCUCAGAUCAGUUCCCUGAUGAAUGUGCCUUCUCAAUCAUCUAUGGGGAUAACUAUGAGUCCUUAGAUUUGGUAGCCAGUACAGCAGAUGUUGUCAGCACCUGGGUGAUGGGCCUGAGGUAUCUGGUGUCUUAUGGCCGGCACACUGUAGACAUGGUGGAAUCCAGUCAACCGAGUCUACGAACGUCUUGGAUUGGCUCAGUGUUUGAACUUGCAGAUAUGGAAAAGGAAGGACACAUAGACCUAUUCAGGGCCACCCAGAUCAUCAAGGGGCUCAACCCUGGAAUGAAAGAGUCUAGGAUAGAGCUGAAGUUCAAGGAACUCCAGAAAGCUAAAGACCAAUAUGGAGAGGGAAUUAACAUGGACACCUUUGUGGAGGCUUACUGUGAGCUCUGCACACGGCCAGAGAUCUUCUUUCUACUGGUACAGUUCUCCAGCAACAAGGAGUAUCUGGACAGUAAAGAUCUGAUGCUAUUCGUGGAGGUGGAGCAGGGUGUGGAAGGUGUAACGGAGGACAUGUGCAGGGAUAUUGUUCAGAAAUUUGAGCCAUCUGCCGAAGGGAGGGAGAGGGCCUACCUCUCCAUUGAUGGGUUUACACACUACCUCCUCUCAUCUGAAUGCCACAUCUUUGACCCUCAGCACAAACGUGUGUGCCAAGAUAUGACCCAGCCUCUGUCCCACUAUUACAUCAACUCGUCACAUAAUGCCUCACUUCUGGAAGACCAUUUCUGGGGUUCGUCAGACAUCAGCAGCUACAUCCGAGCUCUAAGAAUGGGCUGUCGCAGCAUUGAGGUCAUUGUAUGGGAUGGCCCUGAUAAUGAACCAGUGGUGUACGUGGGUAGUUCUGUAGCCUCACAUCUAGCAUUCUCUAAAGUCCUGGACAUUAUAAACCAAUAUGCUUUUGAGAGCUCAGAGUAUCCCCUGAUUCUCUGUCUAGUGACCCACUGCUCAAUCCCCCAGCAGAGGGUCAUAGCACAGCAUAUGAAGAAGAUUCUUGGGGACAAGCUGUAUGUUGAACCCCCAUUCAAGGAGGAAAACUACCUCCCCUCCCCUGAGAAACUCAAAGGUAAAAUCCUCAUUAAGGGAAAGAGGCUACCACCCAACUGCACUGAUGAGGGUGAUGUGACAGAUGAGGAAGAGGGUCUGGAAAUGUCUCGAAGAGUGGGAGCUGAUGAAAAGGACCAGCUAAAUGGCUUAAGCUACAGGAGACUCAGACUGUGUAGGGAGCUCUCUGAUCUUGUAUCUCUCUGCAAAUCGAUCCAGUUUAGGGACUUUGAGAUCUCUAAGAGAGACCAAAAAUACUGGGAGAUAUGCUCCUUCAAUGAGGUUGAUGCAAACAGGUUUGCCAAUGAGUUCCCAGAGGAAUUUGUCUGUUAUAACAAGCGCUUUCUCUCCAGGGUAUAUCCCACACCUAUGAGAAUUGAUGCCAGCAAUAUGAACCCCCAGGAUUUCUGGAAGUGUGGCUGUCAGAUUGUGGCCAUGAACUACCAGACACCAGGCCUGAUGAUGGACCUUAACCUAGGCUGGUUCAGGCAGAAUGGAAACUGUGGGUAUGUUCUGCGGCCAGCCAUCAUGAGGGAAGAGGUGUCCUAUUUUAGUGCCAAUGCUCGGGACUCGCUGCCAGGGGUGUCUGCCCAGCUUCUUCACAUUAAGGUCAUCAGUGGGCAGAAUCUGCCCAAGCCUCGCGGCUCUGCUGCUAAAGGUGAUGUGGUGGAGCCUUACAUAUAUGUGGAGAUCCAUGGCAUUCCAGCUGACUGUGCUGAGCAAAGAACCAAGACUGUGUCCCAGAAUGGUGACAAUCCUAUUUUUGAUGAGAGUUUUGAAUUCCAGAUUAAUUUACCAGAACUUGCAGUACUGCGCUUUGUGGUGCUUGAUGACGACUACAUUGGAGACGAGUUCAUUGGCCAGUAUACCAUCCCAUUUGAGUGCCUACAGCCAGGCUAUAGACAUGUCCCCCUACAAUCACUAAUGGGAGAGUUCCUACCAAACACCACCCUGUUUGUCCAUGUAGCCAUCACCAACAGGCGGGGUGGAGGAAAGGCACAUAAGAGGGGUCUAUCUGUCAGGAAGAAUAGAAAGGCCCGGGAGUACACCACCACCAAGACUACAGGGAUCAAAGUAGUGGACGAGCUCUUCAGAGCUUCUACACAGCCCCUCCGGGAGGCUACAGACCUCAGAGAAAAUGUGCAGAAUGCCAUGGUGUCCUUCAAAGAGCUCUGUGGCCUGACCCCGGCGGCCAACAUGAAGCAGUGUAUCCUGACGAUGUCGUCCUGGCUGAUGAACAGUGAGCGGUCACUGAAGGUAACAGUGGACCUGAGCGAGACUUACCCCACCAUGGAAGCUCAGGGUCCUGUACCUGAGCUGCUGCGCAAAGUGCUCAACGCCUAUGACAUGAUGAUUCAAACCAGCAGAACACUGAUUGAGUCGGCUGACGUCGUCUACUCAAAGCUCACACAAGCCCAACGGGCAGGUCUGGACUUCCAUGAGGACCUGCAUCGCAUUGGAGCAAAGGAGGGUCUGAAAGGCCGCAAACUUCAAAAGGCCAUGGAGAGCUACGCUUGGAACAUCACUGUCCUCAAGGGUCAGGCAGACCUGCUGAAGCAUGCUAAGAGCGAGGCACUCGACACUCUGCGUCAGAUCAACUGUGCAGCUCAGUCCUGUGGUCUCAGUAAGAACGGAGCGGCUUCGCCACAGCUCCAGCACCAUCCUCACCACCACCCACAGCAAGUCCACAUACAGCAACAGCCUCAGGCCAAGACCCACCCACAGCCUCCUCCACUGCACCAGUCCCAAACUCAGACCCUAUCCCAGACAGCACCUCAGGCUUAUCUUCAUCCCCAUUCCCAGCUACCAGCUCUCCCUCUGGUUCAAACUUUUUCAAAACCACCGGCCUAUACUCAACCACCAUCUCUACCACAGUUUCAGUACCAGAGCCAAGAGCAGAGGGCAGCAGGCCCUGUGGACACCAACUGUGAGAAAGAGAUGGUCAGUGGCGAUCCUGUGGGAUCAUGCUGACCCGCAGCCUGUGCCCACAGAGAAUCCUACCCAAAGAGAGACAGACAGGGAGAGAUGGAGAAGCAGAAGGGUGUCAAAGAAAAUCUGGAGGCCAGUAACGAAAGGGAGACGGGUGAAGUGACUGAGAGAAUGAAAGAGAUGAUAAUGGUGAGGAAGACUCGUCGUGUUAGAAGUGAGACACAAGUCUGAGAGCAGGUUUGAGUUGGCUGAAGUUUAAAAGAAGAAGAGACCACACACUUCAAUCACAUAUUCCGAAACAGGAAGGAAAACUAUAAAGAUCAUGUUUACCUUUCUCCGUCAUGGAUUUGGAAGACAAUCGUCCAUCUGAGGCAGGAAGUUUAGGUCUCUUCUGUCUUCCCUCUUGUGAAAAGCCAAAACGGUAAAAGCUGGUAACAAACGUCUGGUGUGUGUUUCUGCAUAGGAAUGUGCUUUGCAGUUGGAUAUCCCUGUCACUCUCUCUCUGGGUAUUGCUAAUUACAUGCCCCUCAAUUAUGUUCUCUAGCUCUGUGGGUACAGGCUACCUCACUCCAUGUCUUUAAGCUUUUAUUUUUUCAUGUUCACGCACUCUUCCUUUGCCAUCUUAGACGUAAAAGCUGAGUGCAAACCCUCACUCCUUAUAAUGAAGAGGACGCCAUUUCUAUUUUAAGUGCACAACGUAGAGCAGUAUCACAGAUGUCCAUUUCCGCACAAACCAGGAAGCUGUAGAGCCUAAACAGAAAAACCAAACUACACCUGUUGAUAUGAUGCUCUUCUUGCACCCCUUGCUGGUGUCCUUCCAUAGGAUUUAAGUUCUUUAGCAUUCCUGAACUCUCCCCACAGGGUCUUGUUCUCUCCUCCCCAGGGGCUGUGUGUGUGUGUGACGUUACGUGAGUCGGUGUUUUGGUCCCCAGGGUGGCGCUAGCCCACAUCUGUAAGUGGAGGAGAUCACCAGCCAAUCACGACUGAAAUAGUUGACCCUGCCUGUUAGACGAAACAUGCUACUGCUGUCAAUAGAAACAAAACAAAGUGAAUAUAGAUGUAAACUGUAUGUAAAAUGUAUGAAGGGAACAUAUAUUGCUAAAAUAAUUAUUGCAGACACGGACAUUAAUGAUUGAUAUUAUAAUAAUUGUUGUUAAUUCUAUUGAUAUUCUGAUUCUUUUUUAACAUUACUUCCACAUAUACAGUGAUUUGACACAUGAUGUUGUGUGCUGCAGAUCAGGAGAACCAGUUUGUGUGGGACUGGAACAAGGGAUAACUGGUUUGCACCACAACACCGGUGUCAAAUAAUAAACCUGACAUGUGGUUCACUGCAACGUGAGUGUGGAUUCUGUAAAAGCUCCUUUAAGUGGCCCAUUAAAACUGGCUUCAUUGUUUA